AUGGACGCUCACCUGCGCCGCCACUCGAUCGGCUCGUCGACUGGCUCGCUGUCGGACGACCUCCUGUACUCGAACGCCCACUCGGCCCCGCUCGCGUCCUCGACCGCGUUCACCUACCAGGCCGGCCCGCCAGACACCUCGUACGCCUUCUCCGACCACGAAUCGCCCCUCAACGACCCGCACUCGCGCGCAUCCUCGUCCCGCCGCUCGUCCUUCGCCCACUCGUCGCCUCUCGCCGCCGUCCCGCCCUCCGUCGUCCCGCUCGGCACCCUCACCACCCCCGGCACGCCCAAGGCCGCCAACACUGCUACAGCAGCACCUGGUGUCGGCACCGGGCGAUCUCGCGCCCGCGCCUUCAGCUUCCUCGGCGCCCACGACGCGUACGGCGACCGCCACGAUGCGGCCGGCGCAACGCCGCACACGGGCGCGACGCCCUUUGUCGGCUCGGCGUACGACUCGGCGUUCGAGCUCGGCGACGACGAGGGCGACGCCGACAGCCGCGAGGGCGACGGCGACGGCGGCGACAGUGACGACGACGGGCUCGAGAUGCGCGAGGUUGGCGGGGCCGGUGCGGCGGCGGCGGCAAAGGCGAGGACGAGCGGGUACAGGACGAGGUUCCAGCCGCUCGUCAGCUACGAGCUCGCGUGGAUGGCUGUCAGCGCCGCCUCGGUCCUCGGCCUCACGGUCGCCGCCGUCGUCCUCGCCUUUGUCGGUUGAGCGCGAACGAGCGAGCGAGCGAGCUCGACGCGCUCUAUUCACGAGCCAGGUUCCGCUCUCGUCGUCGGCGGCAGGUCCCGCC